GGAGGUGCCCUCACUGCUCCCAGAGAACACCAGAGAUGAAGACGGUCACGCUGCUCCUUGUUGCCCUGGCUGUGGCCACAGGGCCAGCCUGGGCACUCCGCUGUCACGUGUGCACAAGCUCCACCAACUGCCGUCAACCCCAGACCUGCUCGGCCAGCGCCCGCUUCUGCAGAACCAUGACCACAGUGGAGCCUUUGACGGGGAACCUGGUGAAGAAGGACUGUGCGGAGGGGUGUGUGCCCACCAACAGCCUGCAGGGCCAGGUCAGCAGCGGCACCGGGGCCACGCUGUGCUGCCAGAGCGACCUGUGCAACGAGAGGCUCUCCAGCGCCGCGCCUGCCCGCACCCCACUCUCCAGCACCCCCCUCAGCCUAGCACCCGCCCUCGGCCUCCUCGCCCUGGUCCUGGCCCCCAACCUGUGAUCCCCAGGGCAGGGCCCCAUCCCUCACCCUCCCUUUGCAGAGGGUUUCCACACCCCACCCCCCAGCUGUGAUGCGGGUGCCAAAGGCGCUGGGCUGGUGCAUCCUGGGAGGCCUGGGGCCGGUCCUGGCGGGCAUGUAGCAGCUCCCCAGGAUGCAAGGACACGCCUUGGCAUGGAGGCUGAGGACAGAAGCCACUCUGAUCCCAUCCAGUUUUGUACUCGUUCUGUUUUCUGUUUAUUUUUCUACUCUGACUUCUGCAUGGGAAUAAAUGAUUUUUAAGCCA